ACGAUCAUCGCCUGUUUGCUAUAUUUCGGUGCAGUCGCGAACGCGAACUGGUACGAUAACGCCGUCGUGUACCAGGUCUACCCGAGAAGCUUCAAGGACAGUAAUGGGGACGGUAUCGGUGACUUGAACGGUAUCACUAGUAAGUUGGAGCAUAUAGCUGACAUCGGCGCGCAAGUAGUAUGGCUGUCGCCGAUCUACACGAGUCCACAGGUCGAUUUUGGCUACGACAUCGCAAAUUUCACGGACGUCGAUCCGAGUUACGGUACCCUG